AGGUUGCUUCCACUUCCCUCGUCAGGCCAGGAUCCCGUGUCGAGCAGUUGUUGAAGUUUUCUUUCUAGUUUUGUUCAAGUCUUUUUUCCCUUCAACUCACUUUCCCCUCUUCCUGAAGUACCAGUUCUCAGACAUGAUGUGGUCUUCGGUCAUAGUUCUAGCGUUGGCUUUGCUGCCAGCUACGCUUGCGUUUCCUCGCUUCGUUCCUAACAUACCCAAUCUGGGAGUCGUCGGCGGGACGCCUUCUCUGGUACCUUCCCCGUCCGGCGUGGCUGGCGUCGUUUGUCAGUCAAUUGGACAUGUAGCGUCAUGCGAUGGCGCUCCAUCUGGAGAUGGAAAUGUGUUUGGAAUGGCUUUCCUUGCUGGUGGAAGUUCGUGGGCUGCCGUAUGCAGCAUGGAUAGUGAUGGUGAUGGCUUGACAAACGGCAUGGAGUUGGGAGAUCCUGACUGCACGUUCCCGGCUGGACAAACACCCGCACGUACUACGGCCCUCAGUCAUCCUGGAUUUGCCUGCUCAACCACGGCCAAUCCUUUCUGCUUGCCCAGUGUCACUACCGCAGCACCAAUGAAAGCAGCAACCACUGCACCAGCAGUGUCCAUGACAACCAGUAAUAACACGGCCACUGAUGAUGUCACCACGGCCAAUGCAGUCAUGACUACAGGUGGUCAGUCAGCCCUUGCCGCCAUUCCUAGCAUGGUGUUGCUGGCCCUGAUCCUGGCAGCCAUGCUGUUGCACUAGUCACAACACAGAGUGGCUGCUGGCACAACAAGCGGCACAGGCUCAUGCCCCACGCUCGGAAUAAAGCGUCCUGCGGCUGGUCUGACUUGAUAAUAUGUUGAUAUGCACAUAAAUAUAAUCAUCUCUCCUCCCCUCCGAUUCUCUAUUUCUAGAUCCUCCUCUGUUCCCAUAGUUUCAAGCUGCGUACUAGGUUCCCAUUCUGGUUGCACUUAAGUUCAGAAUGCCGCCCUCCACGGGCUGGCAACCAGCUGUAUCACCUUAUGCUUAUCCAUUCAUCUCUUGAACACAUCUCAGAUACAAGAGUGAAGCAGACACUGGUCGAAGAGUUCCGUUUGCCCUCCUCUUCUUUGAGUCCACUGCUAGACGAUUUGUACAAACAACGUACACUAGUGGAAGAGGGUGUUGCUCCCUACAUGGGAGCUCGCGGUUUGUACAAUAGUGCUGCAUGAAAACAAUGGGUGAAAU